UGUGACAGGAUUAUUGUGGAACACAACGUGCAUUGUUUUGAUUAUCUCUGUGUGUAUUUUGACAAACGGACUUACGUGUUUUGUUCAGGCACGUACUGAGACAGCCCUGAGUCCAUGCGGCUGAGGACCCCAAGAUGGCGAUGCUCGCAGAACCCCGCAGGAAACAGAAGUGGUCCGUGGACCCAAGAAACAGCGCCUGGAGCAAAGAUGAGUCCAAAUUUGGCCAGAAGAUGCUGGAGAGAAUGGGGUGGUCCAAAGGAAAGGGUCUGGGGAAAAGCGAGCAGGGUGGCACGGAGCACAUCAAGGUCAAGGUGAAGAACAACAACCUGGGCCUUGGGACCGCAGCCAGCCACGAGGAUAACUGGAUCGCCCAUCAGGAUGAUUUUAACCAGCUGCUGGCCGACCUCAACAACUGCCACGGACAGAGCAACCCCCCGGCCCCCCAGGAGCAGAGCUUCAGUCUGGAGGAGAAAUCCAAAACCUCCAAGAAGAGAGUUCACUACAUGAAGUUCACCAAAGGGAAGGACCUGUCCAGCCGCAGUCAGACAGACCUGGCCUGCAUCUUCGGGAAGAGAGCCCGGCGUGGAACGGACCAGGAGGAGGAAAGCAGUGGCCAGGACUCCCAGGAAGAGAGGGAGGUUGUGGAGGCGGAGGCUGCUGUGGUGACCCCUGACCCGGAAGCAGAGGCCAACACUGUGACCAGCUCCCUCACCAUGCAGGAGUACUUCGCCCAGAGGAUGUCGCAACUCCGCGGACGACGCGCCCCUGUGACCUCGCCUAAGACCGCCGACCUUUCCCCCGAAACCGCCGACCUUUCCCCCGAAACUACUCCUGACAUCGGUGCGACCGCACCCCCGGACCACGCCCCAGACUCCCCCGCGGCUCCGAAAUCCAAAUCUAAGAAGAAGAAGAAGAAGAAGUCAAAGGAGCGAGAAAAGGAGGAGGAGGAGGAGGAGCAGGAGGUGGAGGUGGAGAGAGUCGGGGUGGGUGUGGAGGUCAGCGUUUCCCAGGGGGCUGAGCAGGAGGGCUGCGGGCUCGGUAAGAAGAACAAGAAGAAGAGGAGGAGGAAGCGUGAGGAUGGAGGGAUGGAGGGGGAGGAGUGCGGGCUUUCCUGCGGGAGCCGGGAUGGGGGUGUGGAGGAGGCGCCCCCUGAGGAGCCGGCUGGCCCCGCCCUAAACGGCCACACGGGCAAGAGGAGGAGGAGGGAGCAGGAGCAGGAAAAACCCAAAAAAGACAAAAAGAAGAGAAAAGAGAAAUGAGCAGGUCCCUCGGAGAAGAAGGGGGGGAUCCUCCAUUUUAUAAAGGACCAGGAAAACCUCCCUGCAGCCUGCUUUACAGGCCCUGAGUUUGCCUUCGGUGCUCUGCGCUAAAUUUGUGAAACUUGUGGGGAUUUUACAGCAAAUUAAAUCCGCUAAUUUAGAAGUGGGUUAUUUAUGACCUAUGGUUACCUGGGGAACGACUGCUGAGAUGUCGUCAUGUUCCCUGCCUCACACCUGCCUCACACCUGCCUCACACCUGCCUCACACCUGCCUCACACUGGUGAACAACCCGCUGUCUCUCAAUGCACGUGACACUCCUGUCUUGUUUUUUGCUGGCAAGGCAAAAGGCUGGUCGAUGCCAUCUACACCAUGUGCAUUUAUGAAUGAAAUCAUAUAAUGUUAAUUAUAACAGUUAUUAUAUUAUUACGUGCCUUUUUAAAACUCAGGCUCUACCCAUCUUGUCAAAGUGAUAUUCUGUAAACAUGUUUGUAUUUCUUCCUAAUAAAUCUCCCUCAUGAAUUAAACAUGUCGCUUGAGAAACAAA